UUUUAUAUUAAUUUUUUUUCUUAUUAAAUUAUGGUUUUAAUUCAGAUAUGCGAUCGGCCUACCAAUAGAGCUGGAAUACAAAGAAUCAAAGUAGUGUUUAUUUUUUAUUGUUAAUGUUGAAAUAAAAAAAAAAGUAAAACAAGAGAAAAAAAAUUAAGUGCAUCAACAAAAACAAAAAAAAGAGAAAAAAGGUUUUCUGUGUUCUUUUUUAUUUUAUCUUUCAACUACAGGAUAAUAAAAAAAAAAGUGAACAUAAUAGAUUGUUAGAGAAAUCUAUUAUUUUUUUUGGGUAACACAAAAUAUUCAAAGGGAAACAAGAAAUUGUAUAGGGAUUAAAAGGAAACAUUUCAGAAUUUUUAGAUUUAUUUUAUCAUUGUUCAACAUCAAAAAGGGAGAGCAUAAAGAGAAAAAAAACACAAAAACUUACAAAUUUGUGGAAUAAUAUUUGAAUUCUGAUAAGGAUAUCCUGUUGGAAUAAAUGGAUUUUUAAUACAGUUACACUCAUUAUGUAAAGGACUAUGGAUACGGGAAGUGUUCUUAGCGAACCAGUUCAUUAUCCUCAUUUACGAGGAUUUCCAAAAGAGAGAUCAACAUCAAUGACUAUAUUAUCACCAAAACCAAGGAUGUCUCAAUUAGAAAAUCUCGAGGCCAAGAUGGCAAAUAUUGAAGUUUCACUUAGUUCAUCAGCCAAUUCUGGUAGACGACGUAAGGGUUCAUCGCUGGGUAGCCCCAGUAUUAUCAAUGGUAAUGGUAGUACACGUGCAUCACCUAGACCUGGUGAAACCAAAGAACUUAGAUCAGCAUUACAAGAUCGUGAAGCUGUCAUACAAAAUUUAAGAAUACAAUUAGGUUUAGGUAAACUUCCACGACCAACUGGACCACCAUUAGAUGAUAGUGAAAAGCCAGCUGCCGAACAAAAAAUAGCACGAUUAAAAAUUGAUGCAGAAAAUAAACGCAUUGCAAUUAGAAAUUUAAAAAGUGCAUUAGAUAAAUUAGAUAUAACAGAUAACAUUGAUAUUAGAAUUAGACAAGCCGAAUUAGAAUACGCACUUGGCCGGGAAGAAUUGCAACUUUUAUCAAUUGUAGAAGAGGCGCGGGCGCUUCAAACACGAUUAGAUAAAUCUAAACCUGAAUCAAAUUCAUUAUAUAGUAUAAUCACCUCAGGAAUUAAUUUAAGUUUACAUGCAGUUAAUGCAACAACAGGCCGUUGGGCUGCAAUAACAAAAUCUGAAUCACAUGGUUUAUUUAUUGAAUGGGCUUUAGAUGGUGAAGGAUUAUUACGCGGUGAUAGAAUUUUAGAAGUUAAUGGUAAAUUAAUUACAUGUAAAACCAAAGAAGAAUUACAAAAAAUUGUUGGAACAUCUGGUAAAUGUCAACUGGUUAUAAUAAGAAAAAAAUCUUUAGCAUUACCACAACAACAAUUAGCGCAACAACAAGAAGAUAACCAACGUCUGCAACAUCGUAUUUCAUAUUUAGAAGAACAAGUGAGAGAAUUGCAAAAUGCUAAAGAAACGUCACCACCACCUCCACUACCUUCCCCUUCAACACAUCCAAGUGCUAAUGCUGCUACCGUAUCUAAACACAAUUAUAAUAACAAACAAAGUAAUAAUAAUAAUCAAAAUGGAAAUAGGUCACCAGUUGAAUCAAUAACAUCAUCAUUAUCGUCAAUGUCAUCAGCUUCAUCAAAUAAUGGAUGUAUGCAACCAACAAAUGCAACAACAACAAACGGUCAUGUUACAAGUAUUAAUAUAUCAUCACCAGCAGCGUUAACGCCCGCAGCUACAACAACAUCCACAACAACAAAUACAACAAAUUUUUCAACGCCAAAAUCAUCUACAGUAAAUGCUGCAAUUGAUAAACCUUUAGUAUAUCAACGUGGUAAUUAUGUCACUACAUUAUUGGGUGGUAAACCAAUAGAAUUAACGGGUAAUUUGUCUACAAUAAAUUCAAAUAGUUUAACUAAAUCUACAGCAGCAACAACAUCAACAAAAACAACCGCAAUUAAUACAAAAUCAGAUUUCAAUACACCAACUAGUAAAACAAGUUCAUCGCAAAAUAUAGGCAACAGUAACAAUAAUCAUUCUCAUCAUCAUCAUCAUCACCAUCGCCAUCAUAUAACGAAAACUCUAAUUCAUGAGAAUGGUUAUUCAGAUCGUAUGAAUGGAAGUCAUACAGAUACUGAAACCAGUUAUAUGCCAUCUAAAUCUCUAUCAGCAUCAAAAAUUUCUAUAAAUAGCGAUGUACCAUUAUCAUCACAGUAUCAACAUCAUUAUCAUCAUCAUAAUCAAUAUAACGGAAGUAGUAGUACUGGUCGAAAACGAUAUACGGAAAGAGGUUUAAUGCGUAACGGUAAAAUUACUAGUGAAGUCGCAAACCAAAUAUUCAAUCAACAACAUCAUCAACAACAAAAUCUUAUCAAUGGUAUAAACCAUAUUAAUGGUCUUAAUAAUGAUAUUAUUAACGGUGAAAACAUGCACGCUCGCAGUGUUGAACAUUUGAAUUACAAUGGAAUUGAACGUCGAAAAGAUGUCAUACGUUCUGAGCAAAUACGAAAAUUUGGCAAUGAUUUACGUAGUGUUAAAAGUUUAGAUUUUGAAAGUGAUACAAAUGACGGCCAUUUAAAUCAUACAUCACAUAUUUAUUCGAAACGAAACGUCGAUUAUACAUCAGAGCCAGUAGCGCCAAGAGUACGACCGACACCACCAAAGAAACCAUUACGAUUAUCAUUACAACGUGCUCAAAGUUUACAAACCGUUGAGGUGUUUCCAGGCAAUGAUGUUGAUAAGAAGAGACCAUUAAAAAGAGCACAUAAUAGUGAAAAAGCUAAUGAUCAACAAAUAAUUGAAAAUUUAUCACCGUUACACACAGCAUCAUUAGGAAGGCAUAAGCAUAUUUAGGAUUUAAUUAUCUAAAUCAAAAUUUUUGUCAUAAAGGAAAAAAAAUAUUUUUUUUUUUUGUAAAAAAAAUUGUUUUUAAUUUUGCAUUUUUUUUAUUAUUUUUAUAAACACUUCGAGAAUUUAGACAAAGAAUCUAAAA